UGGUAAAUGAAGAGGAGGAAGAAACAUAUUACCAUGGUAUACAGUUUCAUUAUGAUGAUACAUUUACGCAUGGUUUGGAGGGGGAAGUUGCGCGUACACCUACGCAUGUUGACCUGUCACCGGACGUGGGUCAACAUCUCAAAAAUACAGUGACACCUAUUGUUAGGCCACAAUGAAAGAUGGGUGUUGCAUGGUAUCAGCGAACAUCGUUCACAUUGAUCCAAUCCAUACAAAAACUGAAGAAAAUCACCAAAGCAAGGAAAACAAAGCAGUGGAGUGUCUAGAAAAAGAAAAUGAAGACAUUGUGAAUGAAGAUAGUAAUGAUGUUUCAAAUCAUCUACUGGUCUUGCUCAUGGAAAGACGACCGGCGAACGCAAGGUGGACGAUAUACCCUCAAGAACUCAAUUUGCAACCCAAAAAAUCAUUUUUGAGGAAUGUAGCAAAUGGUGUUGGAGGCUAUCCUAAAUGGAAUGAUGUGGAUAUAGUUAGUUAA